CAUAUUGAUAACGCGAGAAAAUUCUAUGUUAAAUUAUUACAGUUACAUUUUACAUAUUAGAACGCGGUCAUAGACGUGUUUUGUGUUUACAUUUUUUAAUGAAUUUACAUUAAUUUAUUUGGGAGUAAAAUAAGGAAGACAUUAUUUUUAAUUAUUUAUAGAGUUUGUUUUUCUUUUGUAUGUGUUAGUGGCAGUGAUUUUGAUUACAACCGUGUUAAUGUUAAAAGUUUUUGUUAGCUUUUUAAUAAGGAACUGGAAAUUUAAGGUAUAAUGAGAAUAGUUCCAUUGGUACUCGCUCUCUUAUCGCUGGUGUGCGGAAGGAAGGUUUGCGACACGUGUCUCGAAGGUUUCUGCUACGGAAGGGAAGUGAUCUUGGAGAAUCAUCGAUUAUCCGGCCAAUUAGCAAUCGACACUGUGGAUAACAUACUCUAUUUUCAUUACAAAGAUCUGUAUUCUAUCGAUCACACAGUUGCCUACGACUUGGACGAUGUCCGAUUAAAAUCGAUACCCGGAAUCGAUUUUUCUUUCGCACGUGCAGUCGAUUUAAAUAGAAAUGUUUACAUCGGUGGCACACAAGGCAUAUUUAAAUACGAUCCACGUAAGAAUUUGACUACCGAAUAUGGGUUAUUUGAUAAAACCAUAUGGCAUAUGCAGUUUAGAAACAUGAUUUAUUACACCGUUUUCAUGAUGAACGGUUUGUAUACAUAUCAAGACAAGAAGUCUGUGAGCAUCACUAACCUAACAAAGUACAAACUCGAUGAUUUCAUAAUCGAUAACCGUAACGAUAUAUUUUUUGUUAGCGAUACGAAACUUUAUCGAUAUGAAGGUAAAUCGAAACAGAUUAAUGUCGUAUCGAAUAACAUGUACUCGUUGUUAGUAGAUAAAUAUAAUAAUGGAUAUUUCAUAGAUAUUUUGAAUCGUGGUUUAUACAGAUUUAGCCAUAGAAUCAAUAGGCUUUUUGAGGUUGGCGCUUUUGACAGCGGCGCGCCAUUCAAAGCUGUUUUUGAUUCGAACAACAAUAUAAUAUAUUAUGACAAAGGUAAUGAGAUACUGUAUUAUUUAAGACCCAACUACGGGCGAUGCAAAAUAAGUAGAGGUAAGAGGAGACAAUAUAAAUCUAUGGUUUCUAUUCCUCGUAACAGUACUGGCUUCCUACAAAUUAAAACGAUUGACUGAACCAAAAUAACCUCCGAAAACUAAUGCGAUUAUUUAAUUUUAGUUUUGAUUAGUCAAUUUUAGUUUGGUAUUAUAAAUAAUUUACACUAUAUUUCAAAGCUUGUAUCUAUUUUCUUUGGUUUCUACAAGGUGUAGAUAUAGCUAAAAUUACUUUUAUGUUUUCGCUCGUGAUGACGAAAAUGAUAUUAUUAUAUACCUACCGCUAAAGUAUAUUAGUUUUAAUUCGGUUUUGUUAAAUUUUUUUAUUGGACUAAGUAAUUCGCGUCUAUAGUGUGUGUAGUACAUUGUAUGUACUUAGGUAUGGUGCGUCUGAGGUGGCAUUAUGUCAUAGAAUCUAUAUAUUAAUACGUGAAGCAAAAACUUUGUAUCCCUUUUUACGAAAAUUGUGCGGACGGAGGAGUAUGAAAUUUUCCACACUUAUAGAGAAUAUAGAGAGGAAGUGCACAAUGCUUUUUUUUUUUAAAUAAUGCAUAAAAUAUACAUUAAAGCAAUAAAGAAAACAUUACACACACUACAUACCAUGUAUUUGACGCAUACACGUAUGCAUACUAUUUAUUGUCAAACUUUUGUUCUUAACGUCUGUUGUCAAAUUGAGAAUAGAUUAAAUAUUGUUUGUCUUUGUUAAUAUUUUUUAUAGUGUAGUCUUGGCGAAAUUUGUGAUUAUAGAAGUAUAAAAUACAAUCAUAAUAGUGUACAAACUUACAAUUCCAAUUAAUUAUAGUCGAAUUUCGACUACUGCGGGUCCUCUAGUUCAUAGAAAUUUACGAAUCAAUUCCAGCCUAACCUUCCACUAUUAGUCUGUUUAAUUUUUACGGAAUUUGUCGUGGCAUGUUUGACUUUGAGGUCGCCUUUUUUAAAUUCUGUAUGUAAGUAUUAUACGAUUUUGAUUCUAGAACAAGGUGCUUAUAAUUUCACCUAUUUUUAAUUAUGUAAAAAUAUAUAUGUUUAAGUAUAUUGUUACGCACUGGGGCUCUGGAUACAUAAAAAAAUAUUCACCGGAGUAUUAUCCCGAGCCCUAAUGCGUGAACAAUAUUUAUUUUCGAUUAGAUGUCACGUGACUUAUUAAAUGUCAAAGUACCACAGAUUCUAAAAAAAAAGCGUCAGUCUGUGAAAAAUGACGAACCAAACUCAGCGGACUUGUUUGUGUUACGAAAUUGGGUGUUUCAACAAAUAUGUUUUUCAUUUAGCGCCACUCCUGGCGGUGCCGGUUUUCACAAGUUCAUAAUAAAUAUAUUGGAUUAGUACAUA